AUGCUUGAGUUGCAAUUAUUCAGUUGGGAAUGGAUUUAUAUUGAUGUUAACAUUUUCAUAGAGACGAUAAAAGAUGAUGUUUUAAGCAAUGUUGCUGCGCCUACAGAUGGCAUUCGAUUGGUUCAAGGUCAAGUCACCGCAUAUAUUGAGAGUGAAUGUGCUGGUGAAGGUGAACUGACCGUUGCCGAAAGUUCAGUAACGUGGAUCUCAAAUAUCAGUGGACAAGGCUUUAGUCUAACUUACCCAUCAAUAAUACUUCAUGCUAUUUCACGUGACCCCAAUGUAUUUCCAGAGGAAUGUAUUUACAUGUUAGCUGAUGCAAAAGGUUCAGACAUAGGAAUACAAAAUACCGAGGAGUCAGUGAGUAGUGCACAGGGUGUUACUGGAAAUGGUACUGAAGAACAAGCAGAAUUUUAUGGAGCAAGGGUGCGAAAUGGUUACAGUGAUGAUGCUGAUGAUGAUGAUGAUGAUGGUGGUGAUGGUGAUGAUGACAAAGCACAUUUAGCUAUACGUUUUUCUCCUCAUGAUAAAACUAUAUUGCAAAAUAUUUAUCAGCAAAUGUGCGAGUGUCAAGAACUGAAUCCUGACGAGGGUGAUGAUUUUUCGGACGACUUCGCAAUGGAACCAGAGUGGGAUUUCUCAGACAGUAAAUCAGAUGAGGAGGAGGAUUGUGAAGGAAAUGGUGAAGGAGAUCAUCAAAAUACACUGCAUUUUCAAAACACACCAACCAAUAUGCAUAGGCAUGAAACCAAUGGUGACCAAGAAGAUGCUUUUGGUAGUGAACAAAUGGACGAAGGAUAAAAGCUACGUUGUGUGUUUUUCUUUUUAUUUGAAUGUUAUUUUACUGCCUUUGGGUUGUUUCAUUGGCUGUAUGUCAAUAAAUAAUUAUGUGCG